CCGCGCGCCAAGCUGGCGCACCUCCUGCCCUCCCCGACCAUGUACGGCAUGCUGGAGGGCGAGCUGAAGGCUCCCCAGCCCAGCUCCGGAGGAGGAGGCCCGGCUGGCAGCAGCGCCCCGGGCGGCAAUGGCAAAGGGGGCGGCGGCGGAGGGGGCGGCGGCGGCGGGGCCGGCGCCGCCGACCAGGACCGCGUGAAGAGGCCCAUGAACGCCUUCAUGGUGUGGUCGCGCGGCCAGCGGCGCAAGAUGGCCCAGGAGAACCCCAAGAUGCACAACUCGGAGAUCUCCAAGCGGCUGGGCGCGGACUGGAAGCUGCUGAGCGACGGCGAGAAGCGCCCCUUCAUCGACGAGGCGAAGCGGCUGCGCGCCGUCCACAUGAAGGAGUACCCGGAUUACAAGUACCGGCCGCGCCGCAAGACCAAGACGCUGCUCAAGAAGGACAAGUACGCGCUGCCGGGCGGCCUGCUGGCGCCGGGCGGCGCGGGCGCGGGCGCGGGCAGCAGCCCCGUCGGCGUGGGCCAGCGCCUGGACUCGUACGCGCACGUGAACGGCUGGCCCAACGGCGCGUACGCCUCGCUGAUGCCCGAGCAGCUGGGCUACGGCCAGCACCCGGCCAUGGGCGGCGCGCAGCUGCCGCCCGUGCACCGCUACGACGUGGGCGGCCUGCAGUACAGCCCCAUCAUGACCAGCGCGCAGCCCUACCUGAGCGGCGCCGCCUCCACCUACAGCAUGGCCGCCGCCGCCGCCGCCGCCUACGGCCCGCAGCCGCCGGGCCACGCCAUGGGCCUGGGGACCAUGGGCUCCGUGGUGAAGUCCGAGCCCAGCUCGCCGCCGCCGGCCAUCGCCUCGCACUCUCAGCGCGCCUGCCUGGGCGACCUGCGCGACAUGAUCAGUGUGUACCUGCCCCCCGGCGGCGACGCGGCGGACCCGUCCUCGCUGCCGGGCACCCGGCUCCACGGCGUCCACCAGCACUACCAGGGCGGCGGCGCGGCCGUGAACGGGACGGUACCGCUCACGCACAUCUAG